GCGCCGGCAGCGCGGAGGGCUGGGCUGGGCCGCGCCGCUCGCUGCAGCGCUCGGCUCCGCUCCGCCGUCGAGGAGGGAGAGGAGAGAGAGGAGAGGGACGGGACCGCCUCGCCCAGCCCCGCCGCCCGCCGCCCGGCCCGCGCCUCGCCGCUCGCCCGCACCGCCGCCCGCGCGAAGAUGGCCGGCUGGCAGAGCUACGUGGACAACCUGAUGUGCGAUGGCUGCUGCCAGGAGGCCGCCAUUGUGGGCUACUGCGACGCCAAGUACGUCUGGGCAGCCACGGCCGGCGGCAUCUUCCAGAGCAUCACGCCAGUAGAAAUAGAUAUGAUAGUAGGAAAAGACCGAGAGGGUUUCUUCACCAAUGGUCUGACCCUUGGUGCAAAGAAGUGCUCUGUGAUCAGAGAUAGCCUGUAUGUUGAUGGAGACUGCACAAUGGACAUCAGGACAAAGAGUCAAGGUGGUGAGCCAACAUACAAUGUUGCUGUAGGCAGAGCUGGCCGAGCAUUGGUUAUAGUCAUGGGAAAGGAAGGUGUCCAUGGAGGGACACUGAACAAGAAAGCAUAUGAACUGGCUUUAUACCUGAGGAGGUCUGACAUCUGAGCAGCCUCUCCCCAUCCACCUAGCAACUGUCUUCACCACCACCCAGUUGUGUUCAGUGCUACCAGACUGUAGAUGGUAGUUUGUGUUUUUUAUUUACCCAUGUCCUAACGUCAUAAUUCCAGUUACCCUUUGUUCAUCCGUAUGUUAACCGCCGUAUGUAACCCAGCCCCCUGUCUGGCACCAUUACUGCAUCACAGAGGCAAUAUGCAUGAUACCAAGGGGAACACACCAAGCCCAGGCUUUGCUUUGUCGUAGCGAUUAGUGUGACAACUAAACCAACUGAAAUACUAAACAAGGUGCCGACUGUACAAUCUAAUUUGAUCAAUGCCUCUUCAGCACUUUGAGCAACUACACAGCUCACGAGUCUUCCUUUCACACAGCACGGUUGGGAGGAAAUAAGUGCAUGCAUAUCUCCAGUCCUGUUCCCCCCCCUUUUUUUUUUCUUCAUGUGUUUGCUUACACCCAUUUUUAUAGUGCCUGGAUUGUUUAACCGAUUUGCCACUCAACAGCUAUUGAUGUUGCAUUAGUUUUGUCGUUGCACUUCACCGUUGGCUUAAGUCAGUGAUUUUUCCUUCGUGACAUGCGAAGCUUGUACCGCUUAACGAGUGCAAUCACAAAACUAUGACAGGGUACAGCUGCACUUCCUGCCAUCACCUUGCAGCCCCUGUGCCCCCCUAUUCCGUCACCUUGCAGCCCCCCUGCCCCCACAUUCCGUCACCUUGCAGCCCCUGUGCCCCCCUAUUCUAUCACCUUGCAGCCCCCGUGCCCCCACAUUCCGUCACCUUGCAGCCCCUGUGCCCCCCUGUUCCGCCACCUUGCAGCCCCCGUGCCCCCAGUGCCCCCCGUGCCCCCCGUGCCCCCUGUGCCCCCUGUGCCCCCACAUUCCGUCACCGCAGCAGCUCAGGCACUUUUUUUUUUUUUUUUUUUUUGCCAGCUCCUGUUCUGUAGUUGAACUGUAAAAGGCCAUCGUGGACAUUAGCUGUCCCACCAUAACCAUCUGGAGUGUGUCUGGUUUCAGGUUUUCUUAGGACCAAUUUUAAUUUGCAGCCUGGGGGGUCGUGGGGGGUUGUUUUUUUGUUGUUGUUUCUGGGUUUUAAUACGAAACUCAAAUGUCAUUGUGGGAAACUGCCACCUUCAGCUACACUGGGAGCUCUGACUCCAGUCUUUCUGCCAGAUCACUUGCUGGUAAAGAGGAAGGUCGGUAGUUUGAAAGCUAAAAACUGUCAAAAUGAUGCCAUUUCAAAUUUAAAAUCCUCAUUCGGCCUGUCACACCCUUGCUGCAGACACCAUGGAGUGAACUGCCCUGUGCACUAGUCAUCUGAAAUGUCUGUAACCAAACUCCCAGUUCAGGCACGGUACUGACUCCUAUGUCCAUUUAGAGAACUGCAGAACUCUGUAUACAAAAGAAUAAAUGGGAGAUGGUAUUGGUUGGAAUAACUGACUUGGCUGUCUUGUGAUGAAUUUUUUAAUAUGUAUUCUGUGCCAUACUAUUGUUAAAAAAACCAAAUGAACUGUUGCUAUUGUGAGAUGGAUUUUAACUGACUACGAGGGUUUCUUUCGACUGGCACUACUUUAGGGACAUUCUAGUAUUUGCUUCUGUUGUUGGGCCUUGUGGAUAAUGUACAGAUUUAAACAAAUUCUUGUUGCUGAUUUGUCCAUUUCUUUCCCUGCACUUUGUUACAUCUGGGAUACAGUCUAACUCAUCUGAUUUAAUAUGCAUUUCAAAAAAUGCCAUAACUAUUAAAAACACCUUGUUUACAGACAGAUGAAAUAAAUUUAUUCCAACCAAACACAA